AGAGGCAAUUGGUUGGCAUGUGGGGCUGGAGAUCUACAGUGCGUAGCAACAGCAAAUCCCACUGUUUAGGCAAAGGUAUCAGAAUGGGGCUUUGUCAGUUUGCAUGUGUGGACGUUUCUGCACAAACGCUAUUUUUAUUAUUUUAAUUUUGCUGUUUACGUCCUAACUUUCCUUUUGCAGACUCGCUCCGCCCCGCCGGAUCCAGAGCCGCAGUUUCCUCCCCGCGGUCUCUCCGGUAGAAGAUGCUGGAGCGGUUCUGAAAACUGAUUUAACUUACUCUCUCCGCUCGGUGCCGAAUACGCUCCAUGUUUUAGUGAAAUGCGCCGCGCAUAGAGGCCGUCUCCCGCAGUGGUUUAAGCGGCUGCGGCUCAUUAGCGUCAUUAGGCGGAACAGCAAGCGCUGAUAGACAAACGGGAGGCCUAGAGCUGCGGAUUUAACCGGUUAUAUCUCUGCUGAUAACCUCUCUGUCGCACAAUGGAAGAAAUUCUGCGAAAGCUCCAGAAAGAAGCCUCCGGGAACCGGUAUAAACCGAUCCGGGAUGCGUGCACCGCGGCCCUGGAAACACUUGAGACUCAAAAUGAAUCGAUUAAAGCAUCACCAUCUAAACUGAGGGAGAGAUGCCUGUUUCCACUCAGACUUGCUCUGGAGUCCAAAAGCCCCAAGCUGGCCCAAACUGCUCUUAUGGGAAUCCAGAAGAUCCUUUGUGAAGAUCGCUUGGUUGCUGUGGAAACAGAAGAAUCAGGGAGACAACUGCUGACUCAAGUGCUGGAGGCCGUCAACGUGACGCCCACCCUUCAUGAAGACUUACAAGUUGAGGUCAUGAAGGUCUUGCUGUGUGUCACAUACUCCUCCAACUUUGAGAUCAAUGGCAACAACAUCUUGAGGAUUGCAGAACUGUGUAUAGAGACCUACAUAUCGAGUUGUCAUCAGCGCAGCAUCAACACUGCGGUCAGGGCCACACUCAGUCAGAUACUUGGAGAUCUCACUCUUCAACUUCACCACAGGCAAGAUGGCUUGAGCCCCGAAGGAGUGGAGUUUUUUGUACCCACAUCUCAGCGUAGGGACUUCUCUCCGACUACUGCUGCACUGUAUGAGGACAUAGUAACUGUCCUCACUGUGUUCUGUGAAAAACUGGAGUCUGUUUCAAAUGAGAAUCAGCUGCUGCAGCUGCUUUAUCUGGAGUGCAUUCUGGCUAUGCUCAGCAGCUGUCCUCCUACAAUGCACCCCCACCGCAGCUUCACAGACCUCGUCUGGAAACAGCUGUGUCCAACACUUGUUGUGAUCACAGGGAACCCUGUUAAUGAUAAAACAAUCACUUCUGCUCACGGAGGGCCGUCCCAGGACUCGGACCCUGCUUCCGGUGUGGGGGUCACUGACCAGGGCAGAGGGUCUGGGUGCUCUUCCAGUGCCCCAGCCAUAAUCGGGCCAGUGGUCCGCACCAUCUGCUACAUAGCUGCAGAGCUAGUCCGGCUUGUGGGCUGUGUGGAGUCCAUGAAGCCUGUGCUACAGUCCUUGUACCACCGCAUCCUGCUCUACCCACCCCCACAGCACAGAGUGGAGGCCAUCAAGAUUAUGAAGGAGAUCCUUGGAAGCCCACAGCGAUUGUUUGACCUCGCUGGUCCAUGUGUCCUUGAGCCUGAUACCAGGAAAAGAUCAUUUUCAAAACGGAAAUCACAUCUUGACCUCCUUAAACUGGUGAUGGAUGGGAUGACAGAGGCAUGUGUGAAGGGAGGUAUCGAGGCCUGCUACUCCUCCGUAUCCUGUGCUUGUGCCUUACUUAGUGCUCUGGACGAGCUCAGCCAUGGACGAGGCUUGCAGCCAGAGCAGGCGCAGCUUCUGCUGAGGCGAUUGGAUGAUUUGAAAGAGGGUGUCGAGUCGGCAAGGGAAUCUGUGGAGUUAAAUGAGGCUGACUUCCGCUGGCAGCGCCACGUGCUUUCCUCUGAAAAUGCUCCCUGGGAGCCGGGUAUUCCUGAGCGCAGCCCUGACAUCAGCAUCAGCGUCACCACAGACACAGGUCAGACCACCCUUGAGGGAGAGCUUAGUCAGACCACUCCAGAGGAGAGCGGUGUGGAGCCACGGUUGCCCUUGCCUUCCUCCUGCAGAGGAGGUGCAGGGGCAGCCCCAGACCUCCCGACAUGUGCCCGGGAAAGCAACAGUCCCGAUGCUCCAGCCAGCACCGCUCCUCCUGACGUGGUCCAACGCAGCCACGGCCUGGCCUACCCAGACAUUACCAACUUUUUGUCGGUGGAGUCCCGGGCACGGUCUCAUGGCUCACGCUACAGUGAAAGCAACUUCAGCAUGGAUGAGCAGGAGCUGUCACGAACCGAAUUUGACUCAUGCGAUCAAUACUCUAUUGCUGCUGAGAAGGACUCUGGACGCUCCGACGUCUCAGACAUGGGCUCAGACAACUGCUCGCUAGCUGACGAGGAGCAAACUCCGCGCGACUGUCCGGGCCACCGAUCUCUGCGUACAGCUGCACUCUCUCUCAAACUACUGAAGAACCAAGAGGCGGACCAGCAGAGUGCCCGGCUUUUCGUCCAGUCCCUGGCAGCCCUGCUUCCACGCCUGCUGGCCUCGCACAAUGCUGCGACCGUAGAUGUCUCACUCCAAAACUUCUCUUCCACCUUCUGCUCUGGCUUGCAAGCAGGUGGCAUCUGCUCUCCUGGCUUCGAGAACAGUGAGAAUCUAAGUUGCCAGGCUCUUAUGAAUGCUGAUGGACUGUACUUGGUGUCUUACUAUGCCUUGCUCCUAAACCUUAAACUUUGCACAUGUGACUACUACCUCCGGAAACCCAUGCCUGCCCUGAUCACUCUGAAAGAGUUUGUGCGUCAGAUCCAGAGCAGUGGAGUGUUGGUGGUGCUUUCUCAAGCCUGGAUAGAAGAACUGUAUCACCAAGUGUUAGAGAGAAACUUGCUAGUGGAUGCUGGCUAUUGGGGCUCUCCUGAGGACCACUCUUUACCCCUCAUUACAAUGCUUACAGAUAUUGAUGGUCUUGGGAGUAGUACUAUUGGAGGUCAGCUGAUACGAAGGGCCUCCACACAGUCACCUUUUACAAGUGAAAAAAAUGGCAGCGACACCUUGAUAGCAGGUGUGGUGUUUGCCCGUUACAUCCUGACUGGCUGCUGGAAAAACCUGAUCGAUACCCUGUCCACACCCUUGACUGGCCGCAUGGCAGGCAGUUCACGAGGCCUUGCUUUCAUCCUUGGUGCAGAAGGGGUGAAGGUACAGAACCAGAGAGAAAGAGACACCAUCUGCCUCAGCCUGGAUGGCCUGCGCAAGGCUGCUGCGCUCAGCUGUGCUCUAGGUGUGGCUGCCAACUGUGCAUCAGCUGUAGCCCAGAUGGCAGCAGCUUCCUGUGUACAGGAGGAGAAAGAAGAGAGAGAUCUUGCUGAGGUUGGAGAUGCCAUUACACAAGUUAAACAACGGAUGGAACAAAAGCUGGAGCAGAUGGGUCGUUGUCAGGGAGUGAGGCUGCAUACAGCUCAUGUGCUCUGCAUGGAUGCUAUCCUUAAUGUGGGUUUGGAGAUGGGCAGCCAUAAUCAUGACUGCUGGCCACAUGUCUUCAGGGUGAUUGAAUAUGUGAGCUCAUUGGAGCACACUCACUUCAGUGAUGGGAGCUCACAGCCACCUUUGGCCAUCACUCAGGCCCAGCAGGCUGUAACAGCAGUGGACCCAGUACUGGAGCUUAGCAAUGAGCUUGUCCAAGAACUGGAGCUGAGCAUGGGAAAUCCAGUGAUCCAGCCUGUGUCAAUUCAGGAGCUACUGCGCGAGAGCAGCCAGGCCAAAGGCUUUGACCUGCGGGGAGGCAGUCUGCUAACAGGCACAAAUGCUGCUAAGGCUGUUUGCACACUUUCUACACAAGCUGACAGGCUGUUUGAAGACUCCGUGAGCAAACUCAACCUGGUGGGUUUAGUGGGUUUCCUACACCAGCUGAGGAAAGCUUCUCAGUCACAGCUUUUUGACUCAGUCACAGAGACAGGAGACUACUCUUUAGCCAUGCCAGGAGAGGCGAAGUCCACACAAGAGAACCGCAGUGCUCUACAUCUCUUUAGGCUUGGUGAGGCUAUGCUUCACAUCGUGAGGAACAAAAGUAGACCACUGUUACACAUGAUGAGAGCCUGGAGUGUAGUAGCUCCUCAUUUGGUGGAGGCUGCCUGUCAUAAAGAGCGGCACGUGUCUCAGAAAGCUGUGUCCUUCAUUCACGACGUGUUAAUGGAGGUGCUGAGCAGCUGGGCUGAGCUGCCACACUUCCAUUUCAAUGAGGCACUUUUCAGGCCAUUUGAGCACAUCAUGCAACUGGAGCUGUGUGAUGAGGAUGUACAAGAUCAGGUUAUUACAUCUAUUGGGGAGCUGGUGGAGCUGUGCUCUCCUCAAAUUCAGUCUGGUUGGCGGCCUCUGUUCAGCGCACUUCGGACAGUGCAUGGAAGCAAGAGUGACAUGAAGGAUUAUCUAAUUGGGGAAUACUCUAUGGGCAAAUCCCAAGCACCUGUAUUUGAUGUAUUUGAAGCCUUUAUUAACACAGACAACAUUCAGGUGUUUGCCAAUGCAGCAACUGACUAUAUCAUGUGCCUUAUGAAGUUUGUGAAGGGAUUAGGAGAAGUGGAGUAUAAGGAGAUUGGGGACUGUGUUCAUAUGAAUGGCUAUAGCUCUACAGACCUGUGCCUUCCUGCCUUGGAUUACCUGAGGAAGUGUUCACAGCUAUUAGCCAAAAUUUACAAGAUGCCUUCUAAGCCAGUGUUCCUGGGGGCUCGUUUGGCCAGUCUGCCCAUGAGAGCUCAGGAGAGGUCUGUGAAUAGCGAAGACGGCAUGGACUGUGUUCUAGCGGAGUUCGAUGAUGACACGGGUCUCAUCCAGGUGUGGAUCCUCUUGUUGGAGCAGUUGACUGCGGCUGUAUCCAACUGUCCCCGUCAGCACCAGCCACCUACCCUGGAACUGUUGUUUGAGCUCCUCCGAGAGGUCACCAAGACACCAGGUCCAGGCUUUGCUAUUUUCUCAGUCAUCCAGCUACUCCUUCCAGUUAUGUCACUAUGGCUACAGCGUAGCCAUGGAGAUUACUCAUACUGGGAUGUCGCGGCUGCAAACUUUAAGCAUGCCAUCGGACUUUCCUGCGAGUUAGUGGUGGAACAUGUUCAAAGUUUCAUACAUUCAGAUAUGGGCUAUGAAAAUCUCAUUAACCUGAUGCUAAAGGACUUGUUCAAGUUACUGGUGUCCUGUGUAGCUGAGCCUGCAGAGACAAUCUCCAGAGUGGGAUGUUCCUGUAUCAGGUAUGUGUUGGUGACCACUGGACCUGUGUUUACUGAAGAAAUGUGGAGGCUAGCCUGCUGUGCCCUGCAAGACGCAUUCUCAGCAACCCUUGAACCAGUAAAGAAUUUGCUGACAUGUUUUCGAAGUGGAUCCGAUACCUUUACAGGAGAUGCGUGUGAGGUGAAAGUCGCGGCCCCCUCACACUCUGCUUCUGCAGAGGCAGAGUACUGGAGGAUUCGUGCCAUGGCCCAGCAGGUCUUUAUGCUUGACACUCAGUGUUCUCCUAAGACUCCCAGCAGCAAAGAAGGUUUUGAGCAUGCUCAGUCCUGUGUGCUAAUAAUUGAACUCCCUGCAGACCAACAGUCCAAUGGCCACACUCAGAAAAGAAUUCCAUUUAGGACAAUUGUUGUAAGUCUGCUGUCCCACCAAGUGCUGCUGCAGAACCUCUAUGACAUCCUGCUGGAGGAGUUUGUGAAGGGGUCUGGGUCCGAGAGCCAGGAUCGGGUCACACCCAGCUCUGACUCAAAACCUGCUGGCUUUCUGCGUUAUAUAUCAAUGCAAAAUCUGGCCAUCAUCUUUGACCUGCUGCUGGACUCCUACCGGACAGCACGAGACUUUGACACACGACCUGGUCUUAAGUAUCUCCUUAUGAAAGUGUCAGGGGUGUGUGGGGCUGCUAACCUCUACCGGCAGUCCGCCAUGAGCUUCAACAUUUACUUUCAGGCUCUGCUGUGUGCCAUGCUGACCAACCAGGAAAACAUCUCAGUGGAGCAGGUGAAGAAGAUCCUCAGUGAGGAGGAGGAGGGUAGCUCUGAUUCUUCCCAGCAGUGCUCGUCAGAGGAUGAGGACAUAUUUGAAGAGACCGCACAGGUGAGCCCACCGCGUGGGCGGGAGAAGAGCCAGUGGCGUACUCGCGCCCCCUCUCUGAGCACCCAGCCCGCCAGCGGCGUGGACUGGGCCUGGUUGGUCAAGCGCCUGCACAAGCUUUGUAUGGAUCUCUGCAACAACUACAUCCAGAUGCAUCUAGACUUAGAGAACAGCAUUGAGGAGCAGCCUCCACUCCGGGCUCCUGAUAGCCUCUUUUUCCUGCCCCUGUUCCCCUCUGAGACCUCCUCGCCUUCCACAGGGGGUCACUCCGGUCGCGGGACGCCGUCGGAGGAGGGUUUCCGUCUUCACCCAACUGAUGCACCCACGGAGGAGAUGCGCAGCCCCGGCCUCUCCAGGACCAGCUUUCCCCAGCUCAGGGGUGAAAGGCAUGGUGUCGAGGCCGGCCGGAAGAAGGAGUGGUGGGAGAGUGCGGGCAACAAGCUCUACACCAUCGCCACAGACAAAACCAUUACCAAACUGAUGAUCGAGUACAAAAAGCGCAAGCAGCAGCACAAUCACACCGGGUUAAUCAAAGAGGUGAAAGUCGGUGAAAAGAGGGCUGAGGCAAUGACGCUGCGGGGGGCAGACUCUCCAGGGCCACAGAGGCCCCAGCAGUUAGUGGAGCAGCAGGGGCCUAUGCGGCACUCUUUCAGUGCAGGACCAGAGCUUCUGAGGCAGGACAAGAGACCCCGCUCAGGCUCUACAGCCAGCUCCCAUAAUAUCUCUCUAAGAGACUCGGAAGCGCAGAUACAAGCUUGGACCAACAUGGUUCUUACUAUCCUUAACCAAAUCCAGCUGUUGCCGGAGCCCACAUUCAUUGCCCUUCAGCCAGCUGUUUUUCCAUGCAUCAGUCAGCUGACCUGUCAUGUGACUGACCUCAGAGUCCGGCAGGCGGUGCGUGAGUGGCUGGGACGUGUAGGUCGGGUUUAUGACAUCAUCCUGUGAAUUGCUUUCUGCAUUUGUUUUCACCACUGUGCAUCAACUUCGUCCACAGACCCAUUUGAUUGUAAUUGAUUUCCUGCAGUGAUGGAUUUCUCAUGUUUAAUUUAUGAAGUUAUUUAUUGUUAUACUCUGAUCUUUUUAGUACCAAUUGAUGUGAAUGCUUUGCAAACAUGCUAUUGUAUUCAGAAUCUGAAUCUGCAUUUUGUUUAUUUAUAAAAUAUUCCUCAUGUAAUAUUGACUACAAGGGCAUAUGAUGGACUUUUAAAUAAAAAAAAACACCCGUCA